CCGUAUAUUGACAUAGGACUACCAGAUGGUAGUGACGUUGCAAAAUCACAUCUACACCACAAAGCUAAGGUUACUCGGCUAGACGUGAAGCUUCACAUGUCUUCAAACCUUCGAGCAUCCCCGGUGAAUAUGCACAUAUGCCUUGCUAAGCCUGACCCUGGACAGUGUUUGGGGUAUAUCCCCAGCUACUACUGGGACCCUGCUCUGAGGAGGUGUGAACAGUUCGUCUACGGAGGAUGCGGCGGCAAUAGCAACAACUUUAGCACCAAGGAGGCGUGCGAGUCCACGUGUAAGCCGCGCAUUGAUCCCCGAAACGAAGGGAACGUCGUCCAGGCGACACUCAACGUUGGGCUGUUGUCGCUGUCGGCGUGUUUCUGCUUUAAACUGUCGUACUAUUAAAGAGUAUUUUCUAUUAUUCUGUUAAUGGAGGAAUCUGUGUAUAACCACAAAAACAUACUUUCAGUUUUAUUUACAUUCAUUAAUCAGAAGAGUGAAGACCGCAAACGCGCACGCACACACAAACGCCCCCCCCCCCCCCACACACACACACUAACACACAGACAAUGACAUGACAAUUUAUACAAUUUAAAUAAAAAUGGGUGGUGAUUUUAUAAAUACUAUGCUAUCAUUGCUUUGACGUUGUUCACCAACUAAUCUGGCUAUAUAGUAGCUUAUACACAAUAUACAUUUAACAAAUAUAACUACAAUAUAUGCAAAUACUGCCUAAAAUACACUUUGAAGAAUACUUUUAUACAAUUAA